AUGGCCACCCAGACCUGCACCCCGACCUUCUCCACUGGGUCUGUCAAGGGCCUCUGUGGCACAGCAGGCGGCAUCUCUCGGGUGUCCUCCAUCCGCUCUGUGGGCUCCUGCAGGGUCCCCAGUCUCGCCGGUGCCGCGGGGUACAUCUCUUCUGCUAGGUCGGGCCUCUCUGGCCUUGGGAGUUGCUUGCCUGGCUCCUACCUGUCUUCUGGGUGCCACUCCUCUGGCUUUGUGGGGAGCGGGGGCUGGUUCUGCGAGGGCUCCUUCAAUGGCAGCGAGAAGGAGACCAUGCAGUUCCUGAACGACCGCCUGGCCAACUACCUGGAGAAGGUGCGUCAGCUGGAGCGGGAGAACGCGGAGCUGGAGAGCCGCAUCCGGGAGUGGUACGAGUCUCAGAUCCCAUACAUCUGCCCAGACUACCAGUCCUACUUCAAGACCAUCGAAGAUUUCCAGCAGAAGAUCCUGCUGACUAAGUCUGAGAAUGCCAGGCUGGUCCUGCAGAUUGAUAAUGCCAAGCUGGCCGCUGACGACUUCCGGACCAAGUACGAGACAGAGCUGUCCCUGCGGCAGCUGGUGGAGGCCGACAUCAACGGCCUGCGUAGGAUCCUGGAUGAGCUGACGCUGUGCAAGGCUGACCUGGAGGCUCAGGUGGAGUCCCUGAAGGAGGAGCUGAUGUGCCUCAAGAAGAACCACGAGGAGGAAGUCAAUGUGCUCCGUUGUCAACUUGGGGAUCGACUAAAUGUGGAGGUGGACGCUGCUCCCCCAGUGGAUCUCAACAAGAUCCUGGAGGAUAUGAGAUGCCAGUACGAGGCACUGGUGGAGAAUAACCGCAGAGAUGUGGAGGCCUGGUUCAACACCCAGACCGAGGAGCUGAACCAGCAGGUGGUGUCCAGCUCGGAGCAGCUGCAGUGCUGCCAGACGGAGAUCAUCGAGCUGAGACGCACGGUCAACACCCUGGAGAUUGAGCUGCAGGCCCAGCACAGCAUGAGGAAUUCCUUGGAAUCCACCCUGGCGGAAACUGAGGCCCGCUACAGCUCCCAGCUGGCCCAGAUGCAGUGCCUGAUCAGCAACGUGGAGGCCCAGCUGUCUGAGAUCCGCUGCGACCUGGAGCGGCAGAACCAGGAGUACCAGGUGCUACUGGACGUCAAGGCCCGGCUGGAGGGCGAGAUCGCUACCUACCGCCGCCUGCUGGAGGGAGAGGACUGCAAGCUUCCUUCCCCACCUUGUGCCAUGGCAUGCAAGCCUGCUAUUAGAGUUCCUUCUGUCCCCCUGGUGCCCUGUGCCCCUGCUGUGCCCUGCACCUCGGCUCCCCAGGUUGGCACUCAGAUCCGCACGAUCACCGAGGAGAUCAGAGAUGGGAAAGUCAUCUCCUCCAGGGAGCACGUGCAGUCCCGCCCGCUGUGACAGUCCACUUCGUCCACCAGGGCAGGGCCCCGACCACAGGAAGGAGGACACCCCUGUGGCUUCUGGCUGCUUAAUGACCCUGCCCUUCCCUAGAGGGGUCCCCGUACGCUUAGCAGGUUUUUCUACUAAAAAUACUCCCCGUAUUGUGUUUCUGGACUUAACUGUGCUUUUACGCCAUGCAAAACCAGGUUUCCUGGAAAUUUACCCAAUAAAGUGUGUUCUCCUGGCAUAGCAAACUCAA